GUUGUUUGCGUGAAAAAGGUGCUACGAGAAAUACUAAUGUAGGACAAAAAAGCAUUUUAUCUUCUCUUAUCCAUUCUUCCUUUGGUUAUGCAAGCUGCUUCAAUUUCACAAUUGAAUUGCGUAUACCACACGCCUGCCUACACAUUAAUCCUAUUUCUCAGGGAGCCAAUGAUUGAACCACCACUUGGAAAUGUGGUGAACGAAAUUGAACAUUCCGCUGGUUUAAAAGCUUAUUCGGGUUCUAUUUCAAGUGACCUUUUUUUCUUCAAAAGUACAAUUGGUGGCCUUUUUUCAGUCGAAAAAGGCGAGGACUGAAUCGCAUGAAUCGUAAAAAAAAAUAAUAACACGUACGUCAUUUCCUUUGUAAUCGGAAAAGGAUAUUUUCUCUCGUAACUAGUCACGGGAUAACAAGGAUCAAGGAAAGGAGAGCAAGCCAAGAGCAAGGUUAAUACAGCGCGUCCCCAGUCAGUCUGAUCCACUCGAGGAACAACUCAUCGCAUUCUUCGCCACUAGAAGUAUCACAUCAAGUAUUAUUGGGGUCUCAUACCUCGCGCACUUGGCGGAUUAAUAACUCCCCGGAUGACACAACGCUUACAGUCGAGCAAUACAAGUAAAUACUCAUAAGUGCUUUGUAUAUUAAGGAGUUUAUUGUCCUAAAACACAUCGCCAAUAUGCUUACACAAAGCCUUUAAAUUACGAGAGAUCGCGGGAUCGCAUCAAACAGUGGAAGCGCUGAGAAAAAGUCUGAAUACAAUGGCGGCGAUGCAGACAUUCAAUGACAGCGCUGAAAUAAUAACGUCUAUGAACUUCACAGUGCCCCCAAGAAUCACCGCAUUCGCCGAGGAGCCUCGCGCGGUUUUUAUCUUACGACUAGUGGUGGGCUGUGUAAUCGCUAUCACAGGCUUCGUUUGCAAUGCCAUUGUGAUAGUACACAUAACUCGGCGGUGCCGAAGACUUUCUCUGGUGGAAUUCUACAUUCGCAACCUCGCAGUUGCCGACUUGGGGAUCUUGUGCGGGAGCUAUCCGAUAGCUGUGAUCCGUGAACAGUUCCAUGGCGCUUGGCCCCUGGGGGAAGUUAUGUGCUACUAUGGGUACCCCCUGACAGAAGUGUUUUAUGCCGUCUCUGUGUGGUCUAUUACUGCCAUUGCAGCUGAGAGGUAUCAGCUCGUCAGAAAGAACUUCCAAAAAGUCUCUCAUAAGCGGUCCUCAAGUAAGACAAGAUGGCGCAACACGUUUAUCAUAUGGCUGGGUUCCUUCUCCCUGACGUCACUUCCGCUCUUUUUUAUCAUGGACUACAAGAACACUUCCGGUGAGGGGGGCACCUGUAAGUUCUCGUGGCCCUCCGGCAUGCACCACGUGUACGUGGUCUCCCUUACGAUCCUUCAGUACAUCCUCCCAAUGGGGAUCAUAUCAUUUACUUACCUCCACAUCGCCAAGGAGAUCAAAACAAGCAGCAAGUUCCAUCGGCGAACAAUACGAACGUCAGAUAUCAAGAAAUCAUGGGGUAUACAGAAGUUUGACUCCCACGAAGAGCGCAGGUUGAAGGAGAACAAGCGCGCACGCAAGCUGUUGACGCCGCUAGUGCUCGUAUUCGCCGUGACUAUGUUCCCGCUAAACACGCUUCGUUUGGUUGUACUGCUAUGGCAAGCAGCCACGGAAUGGACAUAUUUCCUUAUCGUUUAUAAUCUCUCGGUUUUUGGGAUUGUCGUGAAUUCCGCCGCAGACCCGAUCAUUUAUUCGAUUGUGUCUAAGGAGUUUGAUUUUAAGGUUUGUUGGCACUGGCUGCGUUUGUGUUCGCAGCGCAUGCGCAUGAGGAAAAGCUGGAACAAUAAGGAGGAGGAGACGAGCGGCCUGGCGACAACUCCUGAGACACCCGAGAAAGGAGAUUUUUUGAAUAAUUCCUUCUGAGGCAGGCCGCUAAAAUAAGAUAGUCAAAGAUUACCCUUUUAAGGAUGGACCAUUUGACUCAGGCCCUUAAAUAAUGAGCAUACAAUGACUGGCAGAAAAAAUCACCAAAUCCUACGGGGAAAAAAUCGAGCAGCAAGACUGUCCAAGAAAAAAUUAGGGCACUCAAUCCCUUCAAAUAUCAAAUAGUCCGUCCCUUAUAGACAGAUUACAAUAACUAGGUGGGAACUAAAUCAACAAUAACUAGGUGGGAACUAAAUCAACAAUAACUAGGUGGGAACUAAAUCAACAAUAACUAGGUGGGAACUAAAUCAACAAUAACUGGGUGGGAACUAAAUCAACAAUAACUAGGUGGGAACUAAAUCAACAAUAACUGGGUGGGAACUACAUCAACAAUAACUAGGUGGGAACUAAAUCAACAAUAACUAGGUGGGAACUAAGUCAACAAUAACUAGGUGGGAACUAAAUCAACAAUAACUAGGUGGGAACUAAAUCAACAAUAACUAGGUGGGAACUAAAUCAACAAUAACUAGGUGGGAACUAAAUCAACAAUAACUAGGUGGGAACUAAAUCAACAAUAACUGGGUGGGAACUAAAUCAACAAUAACUAGGUGGGAACUAAAUCAACAAUAACUGGGUGGGAACUACAUCAACAAUAACUAGGUGGGAACUAAAUCAACAAUAACUAGGUGGGAACUAAGUCAACAAUAACUAGGUGGGAACUAAAUCAACAAUAACUAGGUGGGAACUAAAUCAACAAUAACUAGGUGGGAACUAAAUCAACAAUAACUAGGUGGGAACUAAAUCAACAAUAACUAGAUAGGAACUAAAUCAACAAUAACUAGGUGGGAACUAAAUCAACAAUAACUAGGUGGGAACUAAAUCAACAAAAGGUUGAAAAGGUGCAACAAAGACUCCGACGAAGGGCUAACGCUCGUCAGUUUUCAUGGAGGCGUGAAAUAUACCAUUUCAACCUUGCGUUCACCUAUGGUUUACAUGUGUUUGGAGCUUAUGUUUUUCAGUAACAAGUGUUUAUGAUGUGUAAUGUUGGUUGAUGCAAGCUAUCAUAAUCAUGAGAAAUCAAAUUAGAAAUAAGAAAAUGCUCGAUUUUCUACGUAUAAAGCCUAAGCUCGAUUCAAAUCAAAAUCAAAUGCACCAAAACGAGAAUGUUUAAUGUCGUUCGAAAUAAAACCCAGCGUAAUCUGA